UCCCGCGCCGGGCUCUAAUUUCAACAUAAUUUCAAGUUUGGCAUUUCGACGGUUUUCGGUUCGGUUUUAUUUAAAAAUUUUUGCUAGAAUGGAUUUGAAGCGAAAAUCUUCGUCUUUAACCGAUGUCGGUACUUCAUCAGAAAAGCGUUUAAAAAUACAAGAACCUUCUGGAGAAGAAUUUGAGCCUGAUUCAUUUGCUAGUGCAAUUGCUUCGAAUGAUGUUAAAUUAAUUACCAAGGAGCUUUAUUUACUUAAAAAGCAUUUAACAACCAAAGAGCGUGUGUUAACAUUUUUGAAUCAUCAAAACAAAAAAUGCUUUAAUGCUUUAAUGCAAUAUUUGAUGAAUAUUUUUAAUGAAAAAUUACAACGGGAUAAAGGAAUCAAAAGUAAUCUUUCGUUGAGUGAAGAUGAAAUUUAUUCGAUUACCAAAGAAAUUAUUAGUAUUUUGGCUAAUAUGUGUCAUCUUUCUGUUUUGGCUUGUGUAGAGGUUUGUUUUUUACAUUUAUCGUCCCCCACAUAUAACACAGUUUUUUCUUAA